UACAUCCCCAGCCCGGGAAUAUCGGAUGAGGAGGUGGGGAACAGAACCCCUGACCCAGGAAAGGUUUCUCAAAGCCAUCAGGCAGUCACGCAAGACCCAGGCAAGAUCCGGGAGGACCAGCGACACGUGCUUGUUUAGAAUUAUGUAUCCAUACUCAUCCAUCGCAGGUCUGGACCCAGUAAAAAUGCUCGCCCUCUGAGUUCCAGGUCAUGUACUCCUACGUCUGCCUGCCGCCCGGGGAGGGUUUCUGGCCUCGGCUGCAGGCCCUCACCUACACCUACUUGCCCGCUCCUCUGCUGCUGCCACCCAUCCAGACCCACAACUUUUGCAGCCGGCCGGUGGGCCCGCGCACGGCCCCGCGCGAACUCCACUGCUUCCACGGUGCGGGCGCGGCCCUGGGUUCCUCCACGCCGCCUUGGUGGGCCUUCCCGCCGCCGGGUGCCACGGCCCUCGGCUCGUCGUUCCCCGCCUCCGGCGUGUCCGCGCCAUCCCGGCCUGCCCGCGACACCGCGUGGCCGGAGGGUAGCAGCCUGCAGCUGCAGCUGCGCUGGGGCCGCGUGGAGCGAGUGCGGGGGCCGCCCCUGCUGCUGCCGGACGCCGUGCGCCGCGACUUGCGGCGCGUCUAUGGCACCUACCCACGCACCGACGUGCGCGUCACUCAGCGCGGUGGCCAGUUCUUGGUGCGAGCUGUGCCGCGCGUGGGUGAGCCCGAAUACAAGGUGGCCAGGCGCGUGGUGCGCAGGCCGGCGAGCGGCGACGAUGGGGACAGCGGGGACAGCCCGGCCUCUCCGGAGGCGGUGCAGCGUGACCGCUCCAAGAAAAAGCAAGGGCCAAAAUGAGCGUCUCAGCGCGCCUGCGCAUCCUGCAUUUGAUUUCCCUGGAGUUAUUGCUGGACCGUGCACGGAGAGAAAGGUGUUCGGUCUCGAAGGUUCUGAAGUGAAAGCAGCGCCUAGGCUGCUUCUUCUCUCCCUCCUUAGCCCUCUGUGUGGGACCCAUGCGCCUUUCUCUCUCCCUUGUUCCACAACACCCCUCUUCACAAAGCAGAGGGAGACACAGCAGUCCCCAGCUUGGAAAAGGAAGUAAAUAAAUAAGUGAAGUCCCACGGCCAUUGCAAGAUAAAGAAGUGGCCAUUUUGCUGUCUGUGUAAUGCAAGUCUUUAUUCUGUGUGUAGCCUGACCCCUGGGCCUGCUCUUAAGCAACUCCACAGUACGCAGUGGACAAUCUUCUAGAAUUGCCUGCCUGGACUCACUAUCCAAACAUCAUCUGAAGGCCCAGGGUAGUUCUGGAAUGUAGGAAACAUCGCCUAUGAGCUAGGUUUAGAGCUGGUUCUGACACUUUUCUAGCUGUGUGUCCUUAGCCUCUCUGAACCCCUUAACUAUCACAUCUGUAAAACAUGUAAAAUUACGUGUUCAGAGGCAUGUCAUCUGUUUUUGUUCUUUUGGUUUUUCCAGACAGGAUUUCUCUCUGUACCCCUGGCUGUCCUGGAACUAACUCUCUAGACCAGGCUGUCUUCGAACUUCAAGAUCUACCUGCCUUUGCCUCUG